AUGAUCGUGAAGGUGGUCGACCUUCAAGAUGGCCUCAAGCGGCUUUGCGAGCUUGUCGAAUGGCGCGCCAAAUCGGUCCCGAACGGGCCGGCUUCCGCCGUCGGCCAUUUCGAGGGGCAGCAUCGAGGCUUCUUCCUUGUGACCACCAGCAGUACGACUUGCACUCAUGAAUCUACCUACCCGACUUUCCCAAUCUCGUACAUCAUAGAUCCCGACUCUAUCUUCAAGACCACAAUGCAAAGGGUUUCGCUGUCGUCGAUAUUUCAUGGCCUGGAAUGCGCAGAACACCUUCAAGAACGCUUCGCGGCGAUGCACUGCGCCGAGAUUGCGGCGAACCUCUUGACGCGCCCACAAGAGCGCAUCCAGCUUGUGGAGCAGCUUCAAAGAGACGCCAUUGUUCUACAGAAUAUGUUACGAGAGACGCACAGUCGACUAAACCAACUCUCCCUCAUCAGCUCCCUACCACCCGAGAUACUUGGCAUCAUAUUCUCCUGCUCCGCAGAGCUCGACCAACCGCGCGCGUCCUAUACGUCUGCGCCAGGCUCUCUGGGCUGGGUGCGACUCACGCACGUCUGUAAAGCAUGGCGGGAUAUCUGUAUUGCAACACCAUCCCUUUGGGCGUACUCGCUUGGCCGGUUGCCUCGCGCCGUGCUUGUGUUCCUAGAAAGGGCCGGCGAACACGUUCCCCUCAGAUUCUACCUCUCACAGGACUGGGACACCUGGAUCACCGGGCAUCGCAGCAUAGCCGGUCGCAGUGGUUCCCAUGUCGACUUGCUGAACGUCACCAAAGAGUUCUGUUCACGAUCAAAACGCAUCAUCAACCUCGAAUUGCACUUUCCGCUAGCGCACCUCGCGUCGCCUAUUGAGCGAGCUCUUCGCACACACGAUUUUGGCGCCCUCAAACAUCUACGUGUUCGAACGUCACCCCUCUAUACCACAGCCGACCAGGUGCAUGCCCCGCUCGUCUUGCGCAAUCUACAAACCCUCGAAUUCACGGGUUUCUUCAUGCCAAUCGUCGCCCCAUCUCUCAUAUCUCUCACCUUACAGGGGAUAUCUGUAAGACUUAACAGCCAAAAGCUGUACGAUGCAAUCCAAGCCGGCGCAUACCUGGAGGCCAUCAUCCUUGUUGGGUUGGACAACGUUGCGCUCUCUGAGUUGCGGGAGCGUCCAGUCAUCAGCCUGCCUCGGUUGGUUUACCUCCACGUCGCAUUACCGUCAUCUGGCCAGGAGGUUGACACAUUCGUAAAAAAGCUUGAUGUCCCUCGGACCGUCCAGAUAGACAUUCGCAGGACCGAUAUGGGUGCCGUGGAGGACUACGCGGUUAUACAGACCAUGUUCAAGGCGACAGACAUAGAAGGAGAGGAGACUGCGCUCGAGUUCGUCGGCGACUCGCUCAAUCUGUGCAGACUUCCCCGACAGAGGCGCUGGCGACGGGUCAAGACAUCCAUCAACUUUGGAAACAUGAACAACCUCGCCUAUCGUUUGCCCAUGCUGCAACUUGGCCCAUAUCUCAAGAAAGUCGCGCGUCUUACCAUCAGCCCUCUGUUCUAUGCGACCGCAAGCGAUUGGGAACGAAUCCUCGCACUUCUACCGGCGGUUGAGACGUUGGAGCUAACCGCUCGCGGGACGUCCAUGCGGCCCUUGCCCUUCGCCGGAAUAUUCAACGCACUGAGUCGGUGCUUCGACGAGGACGCGGGGAUGCCUCUUCCCAUACCACUUCCGAGCUUGGCGAUAGUGAUAUUGGACUCGGAUAUCGAGGCCAGUAUGGUCUCCAUACAGGAUAUCAUGUUGUGCCUGGAACUUCGCUCGUUCGCAGAAGCGCUCCCGCUUCGCACGAUCUGCCUGGAAGGGUACGAGGAGGAUCUCGUUGCAGAUGGACUGCUACAGAAUAUGGUUGAGACUGUCGUGUGGAAGGAUACAUGA